CACAGAUUCUCGAAACUUGUCCACAGCCAGCAAAAAUGACAUUCCCAGAUAGUCCGAGCAAAGUCACAUCUUCUGCAAUUACGCCAGCUCUUCCAGACAAUGUCUGCAUCUUCUCACCCGCGGAUCCAAAUGCAGCGAGUGCCCUGUUGAACGGGCGCAUCUUCACUCGCCUCACUGCCAGCAUUCAGACUGAGCCAUCCAAGCUUUCGGCGGCUUUAAGAAAUUUGUUACGGCCUGAAGCCUGCGCGGUCUUCUGUCUAAUUCAUCGCAAUGCUAUUUUGAUAUUUGACUCCAAUGGCGAUGGUGAGGACCUACAAAAUUUGCACCACGAGCAUUUUCGUCUUGUCUGCUUAGCGCUGAAAGACGCCGACAUCGGCUUAGACGUUUCCGGAUGUAUUCUCGAUGCUCCUAACGUCCUUCAAGCGGGCUUUCAACUUGACAAAAUGAAUCACGGUUCAGUUCUAAUGAUUGAUCUAAUGGACGAAGAGAAUGACGACGAUCCGGAUUCAGAUGACUGAUCGCGCCCCUCCAAGGCUGUGUAAUGAGCGGAAACUUAGGCUGUGGUCUUCGUGGAACUGGAAAGUCAUUGACAAUCUUCGAGAUUCAUCUCAUGGCCGUCCGAGCUUUAGAUUGAAUGAAGACUAGCUACGAUGUAAAAACAAAGCAAACCGUCACCGAAUAGAAAAGAAAGUUUAAAGG